AUGGCAGCUGCGGCGCUGUUCCGGGGCGCGGCUCCGAGGUAUGGCGGCCCGGCCUGGCGCUGGAGGCUGCGCGCGGUCUCUCGGUACUGCCUAUCCCACGGCUCGGGCGAAAACGACAGCGACCGAGCUGACAGCGCAGCCUGGGCCUGCUUCCGGCUGGGCGAACGCGCCUUGGUGCGCGUGCGCGGGCCGGACUCGGCCAUUUUCCUCCUGGGGCUGCUGACCAAUGACCUGCCGCUUCCCGUUUCUGCGGCCCGUGUGGCCUCGCCCCCCGCGCGCGCGGGCUACGCUCACUUUCUCAACGUCCAGGGACGCACUCUCUAUGACGUCAUUCUCUAUGGGCUCCCUGAGCAUGCAGACCAAGGUCCCACCUUCCUCCUGGAAUGUGACAGUUCAGUGCUGGGUGCACUGCAGAAGCACCUGGUGCUGCACAAGAUACGGCGGAAGGUCUUGGUGGAGCCAUGCCCUGAGUUGCAUGUUUGGGCAGUUCUACCAGGCAUUCCCGAGGAGGCGAGUGGAGCUGAGCCUCUGCCCAAGCACCAGGGCACCACCAUCCUCACCCGCGACCCCCGCACUACCCACAUGGGCUGGCGGCUCCUCACCCAGGAUGAGAGCCCUGCCCUGGUGCCCAGGGGCCGGCUAGCAGACGUCUGGGAUUACCACCGCCACCGGUACCAGCAAGGUGUUCCUGAGGGGGUCCACGACCUGCCCCCAGGAGUGGCCCUGCCCCUGGAGUCCAACCUAGCUUUCAUGAAUGGUAUCAGCUUCACCAAAGGCUGCUAUGUUGGCCAGGAGCUGACAGCCCGCACCCACCACAUGGGUGUCAUCCGAAAGCGCCUCUUCCCAGUGCAGCUCUUGGGCUCUUUCCCUGUGGGCAGCAUCACCCCUGGUACCACAGUGCUCACUGAGUCUGGACAGGCUGCUGGCAAGUACAGGGCAGGCCAGGGGAAUGUGGGACUGGCCCUGUUGUACUUGGAAAAAAUCAAGGGUCCUCUCCACAUCAGAACCACAGGGAGUGGCCGGGUGGCCCUGGUUACAUCUGUGCCAGACUGGUGGCCCACAGUCACCAAGUAGCCCAGAUGUCCGUGCCCUCCCACAGAGUGCCUCUGUCUCUCUGCACACCUGCCGGCUGCCCUCAUGAAAGGCAUAUAUUGUUAGAAGGUCCUCAAGUGUACGUGAGGCUCCUGGGGCUACAUUUGUGGCAGGCAUGCUGCUGUUGCCAGGCCUUUCCAUCCCACCAUGCUUCCCACAGAGAGACCAGCCAGCCUUGUGCCUGCCUCUGCCGAGCUGAACCCCAUCUUCCAGCAGACCCCAGAUGCGGUUCCAAACCAUGUUAAUUUGGAAGCCAUUUGUCCAUCAGCCAAGGACAGGAGCAGGAAACUGUGCUUGUGGGACUUCCCCCACCUUCCAGACCGCUCAGCCUGCUCCAGGGCAGACCUGGCACCAAGGCAAUGGAGCCUUUGGGGAUGGCAAGGGGUAGGUGGCUCUGGGAAUUGUCUUUGUGGGUUUGAGGCAUGUCUCAAGGCAAGAAUCGUGUGUGGGGUGUGGUGGUGUGUCUACAGAUUGAGGUACGUGCUGCCCCCAAGCACUACAAGAGGUUCUCCAAGUACACCUCUACACUCAGGGUGCUGGCCAUAGGAGUCCUGGUACUAUUUCACAGUGGGCACUGCAGCUCCACAGCAUUGGCCCCUUGGUGGUCUAGGCAGCCUCCUCCUCCUUCCAGAGCCUUCAUGCAGAGAGGAGCUUCUGAUUGGUUUACUACCACUGUUUUCUGAUGUGGAUAUGGCCAUGCCUUCACAGUUAAGAGGACUCCUUGUUUCCCCCUUUAAACCACUGAUGUCUAUUCUCCCACUGCUGUGUGAUUGUUGUUACAGAUGACCCAGUGAUGCCUUAGAGUAAAUAUUAAAGUUUGACCCACAAGUGGCUCAUGUUGGAUUCUAAUUUUAUUUUGGUGUAAGGUGCUGGGACUUGGUUUGGGCAGGCUAGGUAUAUAGAGAAGGUCAAAUAGCCAAGCACACCAGAUAAAAUAUUUUAGCAGAGCUCCUGGGUUGGCUGGGUUGACAAGAAGGUCAGAGGCUUCAGAGGUCGGGGCUCUGAGCUAUGGUCUGAGGCCCAGGGCAAGGAGACAGCCAGGCCUAUCCCAGGAGGGCCAAAUGGGGAAGGAAAAAACCCGGUGCCAGGCAGAGUGGCAGGACCCUGCUAAAAACCUCAGCCAAAUGUAGAUUUGGAGUCAUCCCAGGAGGA